GCUUUUCUCUCUUUCAGAGUGUGAGUGCGCGAAGGGAGGCUCGGCGGCAGGCGGCGUGGCGACCGCGCGAAGAGAGAAGUUGGCGGCGUUGCGGAAAGUCCUCCUUUCGGGCCUGUAAAACGAAGCAUGCGCAGGGAUGGGAUGUAGUAGCCUUAGGGCCUGCCUUAAUUGGGGUUGGUUACAAGGCGGGCGUUGAGUUGUAAGCGAAAGGAAGUGGCCGCGUGGAGUUGCGCGCGGGCUCCUCGAAGGACAGCUUUUGUAGGGGGGAUGUUGUAGGGCCGACGACCUGAACAAUGCUCUUUAGAUUUGUGAUGAUGUUAAAUGGAGGCGAGGGUGUUAAAUGGAGAGUUUUUUGAGAGUAGUAAACGGGGUUGGUUUCCAGUUGGUUUCAGAGAAGGCGGAAUACGAGACCCACGUGUCUUACCUUAAAUCGUAAAUCCUUACGAAGUGGGGGGGGUCGUUCAGACGAGUCCCUGGUGUUGACACGCAAACUCUGUUUUUGUCCCUGUUUUGAUCAUGGUUUUUUUAAUGGUGCCCUGACAAAAGAAGUGUCGAGUGGCGUGGCAGGCCAUCAAGUGAAAUCCUUUAAGCGUCUCUUAAUUCUUUCGAUUAAAAAAUAUUUUAAGUUUGAGACUUUUUGGGCAGCCAGUAAGAUGAAAGUUAGGAGGUUUAUUGCUGACAUAGAACGGGUUCAUUUAUAACGCUGUUGAUUUAAGAAAUCAUAGGUAAGCCUGAUUUUGUGGAGAAGGUUGUGAUUGGUUGUAUGAUUUACAGAUAAUGAAAAUGCACCUGUCGGAAAAGCUUAUUCGUUUGGGUAGUUUAUUCCAGGGUUGUGCAAAAAAGCCAGAGUAAUAAGCAAGAACACACUUCAUUUUAUUUGUUUUCAUGAUCUGGGCGACAAUCCAGAGCACCCAACCAUAGUUGUUAUCAUUAAAUCUCAGAGAAAUCAAAGUUGCAGAAACAGGCAAUUUGUCUCUCUUGGUAAAACUUAGGAACUUGAGCAGACAACACACUCAUAUUUUUGGGGAACUCUUAAUGAAGCAGCAAAAAAGAAACAAGGGCUUGUCUUUAAAAGCAAGAGAAGUGGGGAAAGUAGUACCAUGGCAGUGAAAUAUAAACAUGUUGUAGACAUAAACUUGGAAGACAAAAAGUUUUUAAUGGAAAGAAAGAAAUUGAAGGAUGCUCUAGGAGGACAUAAGCAAACUGCUUCUAUAGUUACUUCGCAAAAUACGUUAGCAUCACAGGCUAGCAAGAAAAGAGGUAGUACCCCAAUGAAAGUGGAAUUGCAUAGAACAAACAUAACCAUUGAGAAAAAUUGUAUGAAUAGCUUGCUGGAACCAGAACAAAUAACCAAAAACUGUGUAGUUGCUACAGAGAGCUUGAGAAAAAAGCUGAGACAUUCCUUAGUAAAAUCAGAGCAUUACAAGGAAGAUGUACACAAGGAGGACAGGAGUUCUGUAGUUGAGCUUAAGUCUCAGAAAGUAACAAGCAGCUUGCAGGAAAGUAGCAGCUGUUCCCUCUCAGAACAAGAGCCUCAGCAGAAAACAUGGAAUUUGAGAAAAACAGCUGGACCAGUUUUCCCUGAACAAAAGGCUUCCAAGAACCAGGACAAAAACAAAAAAACAAAGAGGAGGGGUAGACAUAGUAUUCAACACUUCAGCCGCUUGAAGUGUAAGGGGAAAAAGAACUGUAAAUCACAGUUACCGAUCCCUGAAAAUUGUUCAGGAAAUCCAGUAAAGGCGAGGUGGUCUUCUGUAUCCCACUUCAGUGGUAAUCUUGAAACCACCAAGUUGUCCAGCCGGCUGGAUAGAACACAGAGGCAAGCAAAUAGUUCCAUGUUGAGGUUGACAGAGCUUCAGGAGCCAGAAAGGAAAACACAUGAUUUUUCUGUUGCACUGACUAUCACAGAUUUUUUGGAAAGUGUGGAGGUUACAAAACAAAAGAGUCGGUGUUUAUUGAAAUGUGUAGAAAAUCAUGAAGAGAUUAAAAAAUGUAGAAGUGGUGUAGAAAAAGAAAUGCAUAGGAUGAUAACAAGAGGUUUUUUAAAAUCAAAGUUGUGUGAAAAUAAUAGCAAGAAACUAAACUGGAAGCCAAAAAUGUAUGUUAGUGAGGUUCCUGACCGUAAGAAGGACGUUUUUGCAAACAGUGUGGUAACAGAACAAGCAGCAGACUGUUUUACAGAGGAUGUGCUGGUUACUAGAAUAGGGAGUGAUAGUAAGCAACAGAUAGGUGGAAAAGAGGAAUUUCUGACUUCAACUGAACUUAAAAAAGAGAGCAGAACAUCUAGAAAGCAAACCCUGGAAGUUUCAAACAUACAGCUUGGGAAACUGUCAGAGACUGUUUUUGGUAUUUCUCAAGAUUGUAGUAUACAGAAUUUCCUAGAGCAGUCUGCACAUCAUCCAGUAUCUAAAUCAGAUGAGACUGAAAACAAAGAUCCUGUUAGCCUUUCAUUUGGGAAGGUGUCUGAAACAAAUUGUGCUCUUACAAACACCAAAUGUCCACAGCUCUUGGAUAUAAAAGUAGCUGAAAAGAAAUCAGGAGUGCACCAGGAUGAAGAAGUAGAGUGGCUUUCUAAGCAUGGUGGCUUGCCACACAGAGUAGAAAGGAUUCCAGUAGUGAGACUGCAUGACUGCUGUUACAUUAAAGCAUUGUUAAAACCUACUGGUAUCAAGACCAUUCAAAAUUAUAGAGAUCAUUUUCGAUCCUUGCAUGUUGUGCAUGAUCAGGGAAAGGUUCUCCCUCCUAGUAGGGGUAUGGGACAGAAUGAUUCAAAUAGUAGCUCAAAUGUAGUGCAACCUGGAAGGUAUGUGCCAGAAAAAAGCAUACUGGUGAAAAAAGAAAUGUGCCAAAAUAGUAACAAGUUGUCAGAAUACCAAAAUGGAAAACGCUUCAGGGAAAGUAAGCGGUGUGUGGAUAAAAAGCCAACCAAAAAGAUAAGAAUAUCAAAAAAACUAGAAAAAUCCAUAGUCCAGAACGUUUUCACAAGUACAAAUAUACAGGGUCAGUGUGGACUGCAGAUAAAAGAAGAACCUGACACAUUGGGUUCUUCAGUUUUGGAAAUAGUAAAGUGUGAUGAAACAACUUGCUUAUCUUCACUUGACUGUAUUCCAGAUUUUCAGGAGCAGUGUCCUCAGACACUUCAGAAUCAAAUUGUUAACUUGCUUAACAGUGAAAAAAUGAGGGAGACACACUUAGUCACAUGCAACACCAGUAACUUUGAGAAAUCUGCAGUUCUUAGAAGAAGAAAGAAUGUGCUUGAGUUAGAGAGCACAGAACCACAAACAGAAUUUAGCAGUAAAGUGACUGAUACUAAUUCCCUGGCAGAGUUACUGGUCAGUGGAAAAAUUAGUAGCUGUGAUAGCAUUGUUGCUAGCGGUGUGGAAAGAGGGAAAAGGUCACCUACCAUAAAAAGAGCAAGUAAAACUGAGAGGAAUUUCCAGCCAUACAGCUGUCAAAGAGCAGUCCCAAUUUCUGGUAAAAAUGUAUGGCCACGUGAAUCAUGUGCCAGAACCUCCUUGUGGUUUCAUGAUAGUCGUAUGGCUGACUUGGAAAAAGGAUUUUUAAGGAGUACUGAUUCAUCAGUUAACCCUGGGCAGACAGAUCUGCAUGAGGCUUUGACAGAUACUAGAAAAGGUUUAACAGAUAAUAUAACAGAUGUCAAAAUAAAAGAAAGCCCAACUUCAGAAUCUGUAUUUUGUAUAGGCAAGGUUAUUUCAACCUUUGAUAAUAAAAAUAGAUUUACUUCCAUGGGUAUGGAAAGACCUAAAAGGUGUACACCUAGUACUAAAAUGGGAAAACAAUCAAAAGUGGAUUCAGAAUCUCUAGGAAAAGAUGCAAAAAGUAAAGGAAAUAUAAUAAAGGGGGGGAAAAUUGUAGAUAAGCACAGUAGUACGUUGGUGAGUGCAAAAGGCAAAAUGAAGUAUCAGAAGAUAUCAGUUGUCAAGCAGGAAAUGUUAUUGCAAAAAUUACAUACAGAAAAUCUUUCAGACUUCAGAAUUCCUAUACUCAAGGAUAAAAAUGAAACUAUAAAGAAGGAAUAUGCUACAUCGCCAGAAAAGAGUGUUUGCAGUCUUCUGGAUAUUCUGGAAGAUCCUACUGCUUCUGUAAGGAAAGGUGAAGAGGCUUUAUCUGGGCACCAAUUCCAGUCCCAGGAGGUUACUUCUACUAAUAUACUGGAGGAACACGCAAACCAAUUCAACAGUGACACUUCUGAAAGCAAUUUUAAAGAAGGAACAGCCUGUAAAGGUAAAUUGGUGUGCACUUCACUUGACAGUAAGCUGGAAACAUCAACGUGGAAAGAUAAUUCUAGCUCUUUCACUGCUGGAGAUACAAAAAAUCAAACAUUUGGCACUGUUUUGGCAUCAGAAAUUAAAAGUGAAGAUGAAUAUAGCAAUUACUUGACGCAAGAAGAAGAUAACUUCUAUGCAGAUGUUAUGAAGGCUUAUGAAAAUGAUGUUCUUGUGAUUGAUGUAAUUCAGGAUGAUCCUGAUCUCUUUGGAGAUACAGAAGAACAAGAAAGUUCUUGCAAUGAAGAGUAUUGCACUGAAAACAAAUCCAGUACCACAGUUUUUUCAGGACAAGAGGUGAAGCUAGAACCAGAAGUGCCUCAGCUUCCAGGGAUUAGCCAUUGGAGACUCUAUCCUAGGGAGGUUCCCAUUCAAGAUUGUGGAACUAUGAAGUCAGUCAUUGAUGUUCCUUUGACAGUAGACUCCCUAAGUGGAAUCAGUUCUGUAGAAGGUAAAACAGAGUCAUCUGUUGAGGAAGAACAGCUGAUUGAAUCAGAUGAACUCAUAAAGGGUUAUUACAGAGAUGAAAAGUGUAAAUUAUCUAAGAAAAUUGUUGCUGUGAAAGAAGAAAAAGCAAAUAUUCAGGCCACUGUAAAAAUUGAGAAUGCUCAGCAUAUUGAACCCGUGAGCCACAACCAUCAAUUGGAAUUACCAUCCCCUGUUAUGAAAACGUCUGGUCCACAAUUACAGAGCACAGCAGUGAAACCAUGGACAAAUGAUUGCAGAUUACUAAGGAACAAUCUUCAUUUGCCAUCUUAUCCUACCAAUUAUGUAGCCUGGAAAAAAGAUAAAACUGGAGUGACUAAUGUAGGAUUAAUUUCUGUACCUAAUGGAUACUGCAGAUCAUAUUUCAAUACAUUAAAAGGUUGUGGAAGAACUAAAUGUUGGUACUGGCAUGUUCCUAAACCGGAAAAUGAAAAGUUCUUCAGUGAAAUACUUGAGAAAUAUAUAAGUAUUGGUGAAGCAGGUCUGCUGAAGCGUGCAGUCCAGAUAUUUACAAAUUUCUACAAAGAAGGAAUUCUCAGCUUACACUUCAAUUCGCAAGUGCUGAAUGACCUGCUUAUAUCUUUGCUUCAGUCCUGUUUGCUGAAAGAACUGUUUUAUGUAGUUCACACCUGCAUAACAAUUAAAAUACUGCCAACAGUAGACAUUCUUCUCCGAACGUUUGAACAAGUGGCUUCCAUGAAUUUAAAAGAGCUAGUACCUGACUUAAUUGACGUUUCUUGUAAGCUUGUGGAUGCUGGAAUGAUCCUUGAAUAUGAACAUGUAGGCUGUAUCAGAAAGUUCCUAAACCAACUACAACUUUCCAGUCAGGAAAUAACUACUUUUACGUCCAGAUUCCAGGGAACGUAUUUGCACAAGGCCAGUCUUUGUGACUUUACUUCCGCAGUAGCAGAAUUUCAGCAUUGUAAAGAAAAAGGUGACUGGGCUAGAUUGGGAACUUUGUACGUUAAUUUGAGGAGACGGUGCGAAAAUUUUGAUGAUCUUGAAAAGUACUCGUUGUGUAUUGCUGACAUCCUAACAAGUUUUGUCAAAGAGGAGAGGCCAGCCAUUCCUUUUUGUGAAUUUGCAGCUGCAGUUAAUGCGGAUGCAUAUCACAAUGAAGCUGACAGAACAUUAUUGGGAAGGAUUGGGAUCAGUGUUAUGUUUUCAUAUUACAGAAAGCAGCAAUGGCUAAAGGCCAGGAAGGUUCUGGAUGUCCUUCAUACUUUAAAGAUACCUUUCACAUUUUUGAAAGGACUUCUUGGUCCGGAGAGACUGGUAUCAAGAUGUUGCAUUGUAAAUGUUGCUGUGGAAAUAUUUCUCAAAUGUGGGAGCCUAGAUGGAGCAAUAUGGGUAUUGAGAGAAUCAGAGUGGGUAAUAAAUUCCCUGUCAUGGCCGUGCAAUAGAAUGGAUGUCCUUAGUCGACAUAAUCUGCUGUGUACAAUAGCAUCUGAAUAUAUUACAAAGAGUCGGCAUGGAGAAGCAUUUGAAGUCUUGCAAAAUCUACCAGGCUUUCAGAAUUCUUGUGAUAGUAUGGAUGUAUCCCAGUACAGCUUUUUGUUUAAUAAACUGCUUGGUGCUUGUUUAGACAAUGAACACAUUGGAAUAUCAUCUACAGUCAUGGAGUUCAUGUUUUCAAAGAACAUUCCUGUUGAAUUUAAAUUGCUUAGAGCAAUGAUUACAUCAUUGGGAAGAAGUUGUAUGUGGCUUAAAGCCAGGACACAUUAUAAAAGUGCUUUGGCAUUGGGGUGCUAUCCACCACAGGAGGGAAAUCUUUACCAUAAGCGCCUGCUGAUACCAUCUUUCAUGUCUGAAAUUGAGAUGUUGUUAGGAAUUGAAAUCUUCUUGGUUUCAAAUGCAAGUAGUAUUCAGAGCCCUGGUGCUUUCAAUCAGAUACUUCAGAUAGUAUUGAAAAGAUGUGAAGGCCACAGUAUACAAAAAGAAGAGGACUAUCAAAGUGCAACGGAGAGACUGAUUCAAGCUGCUCGUAUAUCCAGUCCAAAGCUUUUCAUAAAGCUUUUGACAGUAAAUGUUAACAAGGAGAAAGUUUAUAGUUUGAAAUAUGCUUCUGUACUUAAAUGGUUGAAAGAGAAUAUGAAAUGGGCAGGAAAGGUCUGGCUUUUCUAGUCAAUUGUUGAUAACACUUUAGUUGACAGUAAUCAUUGUUCAAAAUAAUAUAUCAAUAAAAUACUUUUGUUGUGUUCA